AGGAGAAGAAGAAACGGCUGGAAAAAACAUGGCGGCGUCCCUAGCUCGGCUUGUCCGCGGAGGUCUCGGAAGGGGUUAUAACCUUGCACGAAGCUCGAGUCUCCAGCAGCAGCAGAGCCGCCAGCAGAGCUCCACCGAGACGCGCCCCACCAUCAGGCCCAGUGAUGCCGUCACUCACAGCCAGCUGUCGGCGUUCGGGGAGUACGUGGCUGAGAUGAUGCCCAAAUACAUCCAGCAGGUCGAGGUGACCUGUUACAACGAGCUGGAGGUGAUGAUCCACCCUGACGGGGUGAUCCCUGUGCUGACCUUCCUGAAGGACCACACCAACACCCAGUUCAGGAUCAUGACCGACCUGACGGCCGUGGACGUCCCGUCACGGCAGAACCGCUUUGAGAUCGUGUACCACCUGCUGUCGAUGCGCUACAACUCUCGCAUCCGCAUCAAGACGUACACCGACGAGCUGUCGCCGGUGGACUCCGCGGUUCCCGUCUUCAUCGCCGCCAACUGGUACGAGAGGGAGGUGUGGGACAUGUUCGGCGUGUUCUUCGCCAACCACCCGGACCUGAGGCGCAUCCUGACAGACUACGGCUUCGAGGGUCACCCCCUGAGGAAGGACUUCCCCCUCUCGGGAUACGUGGAGGUGCGCUACGACGACGAGCUGAAGCGAGUGGUGGCCGAGCCCGUCGAGCUGUCGCAGGAGUUCAGGAAAUUCGACCUGAACUCGCCGUGGGAGGUGUUCCCCGCCCACCGCGAGCCCAAAGAGGCGGCGGCCAAGCUGGAGGCUGGCGACGCCCCCUCCGAGAAGAAGUGAAGCGGCGCCCUCUGAACCUCACCUGAAAUAUUUAUGUAAAUAAACAAUAGAAAUAAAAGAAGUCUCUCUUGA